UUUCUCAAACAAUUAGGCCUGCAUCCUAAAUGGCAAUUUGUCGAUGUAUAUGGAAUGGAUCCUGAACUCCUUAGCAUGGUACCAAGACCAGUGUGUGCAGUAUUACUUCUCUUCCCUAUUACAGAAAAGUAUGAAGUAUUCAGAACAGAAGAGGAGGAAAAAAUAAAAUCUCAGGGACAAGAUGUUAAAUCGUCAGUAUAUUUCAUGAAGCAAACAAUCAGCAAUGCCUGUGGAACAAUUGGACUGAUCCAUGCUAUUGCCAACAAUAAAGACAAGAUGCAUUUUGAAUCUGGAUCAACCUUGAAAAAAUUCCUAGAGGAGUCUGUGUCAAUGAGCCCUGAAGAACGAGCCAGAUACCUGGAGAACUAUGACGCUAUUCGAGUUACUCAUGAGACCAGUGCCCAUGAAGGUCAGACUGAGUCCUCCUCGCCAUCCUCAUCACAGCCUCAUUGUAGCCACUGCAGAACGAAGGCCUCAUCAUUGUGUCACCAUGCAUCCCUGCCCUGGGUCAAACGUAACCAUGUAGACCCUGCAAAGGCUACCAGUCCAUCUCUCCGUCUUCGUCGCUGGCGACCCUUCUUACGCCUACCAUCUUUGGGUCUCCAUUCUGUUGCACCAAAUAUAGAUGAAAAAGUAGAUCUUCAUUUUAUUGCAUUAGUUCACGUAGAUGGGCAUCUCUAUGAAUUAGAUGGACGGAAACCAUUUCCAAUUAACCAUGGUGAAACUAGUGAUGAAACGUUAUUAGAGGAUGCCAUAGAAGUUUGCAAGAAGUUUAUGGAACGUGACCCUGAUGAAUUGAGAUUCAAUGCAAUUGCUCUUUCUGCAGCAUAGUUUGUCAAUAAUGGAAACACCAAGUACUGUAUUAUUUGCAACAAAAAUUUCAUUUCUGCUGCCAUACACUGUCUCAAAAAUUUUGAUAUUUUCAUUAACUUGACUGAUUAAACUUUAUGUGAAUUAAACUUUGACUUAA